AAACCAAAAAGAUCCAAAGCAAAACAAUGGAGGCAUUUGGCAGCAGCAUCGCGAAACCAGCCUGCUCGUUUUUCUUCUUUGGCCUUCUGCUUCUCCUUGCAACCGGGUCUUCUUUGGCGAAUGCAGAAGUUCACCGCCAUGAAUUUGUUGUUCAAGAAACACCAGUGAAGAGGCUGUGCAAAACCCACAGCACAAUAACGGUGAAUGGACAGCUCCCUGGACCGACAUUGGAAGUGAAUAAUGGCGAUACGCUAAUGGUGAAAGUUGUGAACAGAGCUCAAUACAACCUCACCAUUCACUGGCAUGGUGUUCGGCAACUAAGAACAGCAUGGGCAGACGGGCCAGAGUUCAUUACUCAGUGCCCAAUUAAGCCGGGAGGGAGCUAUACAUACCGAUUUACAAUUGAGGGACAGGAAGGCACACUUUGGUGGCACGCCCACAGCUCAUGGCUGAGGGCCACGGUCUAUGGAGCGCUCAUCAUCCACCCAAGAAAAGGAGAACCCUAUCCAUUUCCUAAGCCUGCAAGAGAAACACCCAUAGUACUAGGCGAGUGGUGGGAUGCAAACCCCAUUGAUGUUAUAAGGCAGGCAACGAUAACUGGAGCAGCUCCAAAUGUUUCAGAUGCAUUCACCAUCAACGGUCAGCCUGGUGAUCUGUACAGAUGCUCGAGUCAAGGUAAGAACUUUCGGAGCCUUAACUCUGCAGCUCCUCGGUUACAAUUUGAUGCAGACACCACUAUUGUCCAUGUGAAUGCUGGCCAGACCCACCUCCUUCGGGUUAUUAACGCUGCACUUAACCAGCAGCUCUUUUUCUCGGUAGCCAACCACCAUCUCACAGUGGUUGGAGCGGAUGCCUCUUAUUUAAAGCCAUUCACCACUUCAGUCAUCAUGUUGGGGCCAGGACAGACUACUGAUGUCCUAAUUACGGGUAAUCAGCUGCCUGCCCGUUACUACAUGGCUGCAAGAGCAUACGCCAGUGCUCAAGGAGCACCUUUCGAUAACACUACAACAACAGCCAUCCUCGAGUAUAGCACAGCGCCCUGCCCAGCCAAGGGGAUCAAGAUCAGUCCACCUUUCCCACUUCUACCAGCAUAUAAUGACACAGCCACUGCCACUGCCUUCUCUAAUAGCCUCAGAAGUCCAAGACACGUGGAGGUGCCUACUCAAAUCGACGAAAAUCUGUUCAUCACUGUUGGUCUAGGACUCAAUAACUGCCCUGCUGGUGCAAGUCCCCAGAACUGCCAGGGACCAAAUGGCACCCGCUUCACUGCCAGCAUGAACAAUGUGUCUUUCGUGUUCCCAGCCAACUUUUCCCUGCUGCAGGCACACCACCAAGGUAUACCCGGAGUCUUCACAACAGACUUUCCAGCAACCCCACCAGUACAGUUUGAUUAUACUGGUAAUGUGGCCAGAUCACUUUGGCAACCUGCAUCCGGAACAAAGGUGUACAAGUUAAACUACGGAGCAAGAGUGCAGGUUGUGCUGCAGGGAACAAGUAUCUUCACAGCUGAGAACCACCCAAUCCAUCUUCACGGAUAUGAUUUUUACAUCAUUGCCGAGGGCUUUGGAAACUUCAAUCCACAAAGAGAUACAGCAAAAUUUAACCUCAUUGAUCCACCUAUGAGAAAUACAGCGAGUGUACCAGUCAAUGGAUGGUCAGUCAUACGAUUUGUUGCUGAUAAUCCAGGAGUGUGGAUAAUGCAUUGCCAUUUGGACGUUCACAUUACCUGGGGUUUGGCCAUGGUUUUCAUAGUGGAGAAUGGGAUAACAGAAUUGGAAGCAUUAGAGGAGCCUCCACCAGAUCUUCCAAUCUGUUGGUAACAUCAAUUAGCAAACAGUAAGAAAACCAAUCCAACAGUUCCAUUAAAAAAAGUAAAAACUUUUCCACUUAACAUAUACUUCUUGUUGUCUUUCCCUGCAUUAGGGCCCUGUUACCUGUUUCCUUGUUGAGUUGUUGUCCUGGUUGUAUGUAUUUUUUGAUAGAACAAGGGUCAAGACAGUGCAUAUCUAUCUUGCACUGUCUACCUUAAAACCCUGUUCAUAGCUCCUGUAUUCUUUAUAGCAUUACUAUCUGUUUAUUUUAAGUAAAUGUGUACUGUAAAUCAUAAAAAAAAUUAUAUCAAAAGCACAUGGUAAGUUCAAUUGA